AUGCUGGUCACAACGGGCGACCUAAACAACUCCAAGGUCCAAUCACUUCUUGUACACCACUUCAGAGAUCUACAAUGCAAAGGAUCCGCGGAUACAAGCUUUGUGCUAGACCUAACCGCUCUUAGACAACCAUCUAUUACGAUUUUUACGGCUUGGGACGGUGACGAGUUGCUCGGUUGCGGCGCCCUAAAAGAAUUGGAUGCGACUCACGGCGAGAUCAAAUCGAUGAGGACUGCUCCCGAGCAUACGAGAAAAGGGGUGGCAAAGAACAUCGUUCACCACAUAAUCACCGAAGCACGGCGGAGGAACUAUACUCGACUCAGUCUCGAAACUGGCACGGCAUCUGCAUUCUCGGACGCUCAACGACUAUAUCAGCGGCUUGGUUUCGAAGAAUGUAGACCAUUUUGCGACUACGGAAAACGUAUCGUUCUUGCAAAUAUCUACGAUGGAGCCUCUGCCAGAAUAGUUGCGUCCUUACCACAAUCUCACGUCAUUGCAACGGCAAUUUACACAGUCGCAGAGGCCGCAGGCAUAAAAGACGAAACCUUAAGCCGAGAGGAACUUGUGCGGUCCACGAAAGCAAUUGCUGCUUCAAUACAAAAUUUCAACAAGGCUUUGACUGUUGAUAUCAGAGAUGGCUACGGGAAAAUGCUUGAAAUAACGGUGAAAGAAUUAAUUCAUGCUGGAGUUGUUGGUGUCAAUCUCGAGGAUUUUGACAAUGAUGCGAAGAAAAUGUACAGCAAGUCAGAGGCAGCUGAUCGGAUCAGAACUGUCCUCCAACUGGUUAAAGCUGCAGGAGUCCCUGAUUUUGUGGUCAACGCCAGAUGCGACACUCUGGUGAACAAUGGAGAGUCCGACGAGGUUAUCCAGCGUGGUAAAGCGUACCUACAAGCGGGAACCACCACGGUUUUUGUUUGGGGAGGAUCGACUCGAGGGGGUAUAACUCGUGAUGAGGUUUUUCAACUUGUGAAGGCUUUCGAUGGACGGUUGAACGUAUUGUUAGCUUCGAAAAACGGCUUGUCCACCAAGGAGUUGGCCACUAUUGGGGUCUCUCGGAUAAGCAUCGGACAUACGCUCCAACUUGCUGCUCUUGAGAAAAUCAAAGAGGUGGCUCAAUCUAUUCUUAGUCUAUAA